AUGCGUACGCAACCAUGGCAUGGCCUGGUGGUCAUUGCUACCCUUGGGAGCUACGCUCUUGCGAAUCCACUUCACAAUUGGAGAGUCCUUAAAAACUCAACCAUGAAUACCCAGAUGUUGAUGGGUAGAGAUGAGGCAGAAUUUGAUCCGUCGGAUCUCUCGUUUAUCACAAAAAUGGCCGCUGUUGGUGAUUCCUAUUCAGCGGGAAUUGGAUCUGGCAACCGACUUGGAAGCUUGUUGUCAGAACAGGGUGGUAAGUAUCUCUUUGUUAGAUUCCAAGAUAAUAUUUGUGGACUAAUUCUUCUUUUUCAUCCGCCCAAAGCUUUCUUUUGCAGUCGUUAUGAUGAAUCUUACCCUUAUCUUGUCCAUAACGAUGGACGGCUAGGUGAUCCAUCGACACGCACGUUCCAGUUCCACUCAUGCUCUGGCGCCGUUAUCUCUGAAGUUAUCAAGGAGCAACUUCCAUUGAUCGACGCAGGACAACAAGUCAUAUUGCUAUCAGCCGGCGGCAAUGAUGCUGAGCUCACAAACAUCCUGAAUCAGUGUAUUUUCCAAUGGGCCGCGUACACACCCCUUCAAGUAGCAUCGGUGGAGUCGGCUCUUGAGGAGUCACAAUUUGAAUGGAAAGAUGCCGUGGAAAAUACCCUGGGUUUGGAAGAAAACAGCAUCGGGUGCGAUGCACAAUUGGCGAAGACCAAAAAGUUCAUUGGCGGAGAUGCCUUUAGCAAAAGCCUUGACUCUGUGAUUUCGGCGGCAAAGUUGAAACUAGCGUCUGACUAUGCCAAAUUCUUUGCUGAAGAUCUGUCAUCCGAAUGUGAUAAAGUCACUUGGUCAAUGUGGCAUCAUAAAGCUUCGAACAAGUUCCAAGAUAAUGAGCGCCUCACGAAGGCGCAUCGAAAGGAAAUGAAUGAUCUUGUCGACGCUGUGAACUCUCAGAUUGUUAGUUUCCCCCAUGAUACUCUGUUCCGAGCAAAACAGCCACUAACUCUGACCGAACCGCAGGCUGCUGCAGUGGAAAGAGCCGGUGAUCAAGUCAAGUUUGUCGAUUACGACUGGUACGUCGGCCAUUUCAAUGGCCGCUACUGCGAAGCUGGCGUAGAUGAAUCCACAACGGAAAGCAACGGAAGAUCCGGCCUCAUGUUCUUUGAGAUGAAUUCAAUGGACGUCUUUGGCAAUAACCCGUGGAAGCGAAGCCUAAAUACUGUCCCAGAAGCCUCUUUUGAGGGUCAAAUGAAUGCUCUUGCGCAGAUAACUUUGUUACUAGAUCCAGACGCCGAGUUCUCACAGGAGCAGUAUGUGUCUGACGCGACUACUGAUUCUGUCACCACUGCCAGUUUGAUGUCAGUCAAAGUGGCCGCUGCUAAUUCCGAUGCCGAUGCUCCUCUUCAGGUUCGAAGUGUUCUUCCAGACGGAUUUUUGCGGGUUUUCCACCCCCAGCCCUUGCUUCACUCCCUCAUUGCCUCACUGGUGAUAUACGAAAUGACCAAUAAAAACCAGCUUGAUAACGGUCUUUCAUCGAUCCCGGAGCGAGCCACUUUUGACUCGUGUCCUAUGCCUUCUUCAUCGGAACAGAUAGCGGUGGCUUCAUACAUCAAUCCCACAGGAGACCCGACUGCCUGGGAUCGUCUGGUCGGUUAUGAUGAGAGCAAGAUGCCUAUUUUGAUCGCCAACGUCGUCAAUGGCCCGGAUUCUACAGUCGACGCGAGCUGGACUAAAGUCAUAGACCGAGGUUCGGCUUCUGGUAAAACCGUCCUAGGUUAUGUGCGAACGGGAUAUCUUGGUGUGAGCACGCAGAAAUUCCAGACGCGGCUUGGCUCCGGCGACUUGGCAGAUUGGACUGCUCAGAUCGAAGAAGAUAUCGAUAUGUGGUACAAUCUUUAUGAUGACAGCAUUGGCGGUAUCUUUUUCGACGAGGGUUGGCCCGAAUGUGGUGACAGCAAUCAAUAUGUCGACCUCUACAAACACAUCAACGACUAUACCAAGCGCAAUCAUCCUGGAGCAUACACUGUUCUAAACCCUGGGUCACCUAUGGCGUCUUGUUUCGAAGAUACCAUGGACACACUUCUGACUUUCGAGCUGGAUUACGAUGCAUACGUGAACAAAUAUACACCUAAUGACUGGACACCAAAGGACCCGCGGAAACUAUGGCAUAUCAUCUACAACGUGCCAGAAGAUAAGAUUGACGAGGUGAUCAAAUUAUCUAAGGAGCGCGGAGCUGGCUUUGUUCAGCUCACAGAUGACCUUUUGCCUAACCCUUAUGACAAUUUGCCUGUCGAUUCCUACAUGACCAAAAUGUUGGCUGCAGUUGAUGGUGGUUCUCUUCUGAAUGAAGACGCAUCAUCCUGGAAAUCUGGAAGCGGUGUUACCCAGGUUUUCGGGUUGAAGGUUCUCAACUCGGAUUACACGUCUGGGCAAAUCUCUUGGAACAAAGUUGACAAUGCUCUUGCAUACUCCGUCUAUUUAGGCGACAAGCUUGUUGCAAGUCUGCCAAGCUCAAUGACUCAAGUCACACUUGGUGGUCUGACACCGGGGGGUGGAUAUGCCUUCAAUGUACGUGCGGUGGGAGGAGGCGGCAAUAUGGGUCUUGCGUCUGAUCCAGUUACAAUCAACCCGGAUGCUUUACCAGGCGGCAAAACCGUUGCCAACUGGAAAUCAGUCCCGAAGGAGGGAUCUACAACAAUCACGGCUGAUGUCCUUGUUCCAUACGCGUUCGUCCGCCUCUACAUCUGGUCUCAAGUAGGAUGUGACUUCGACGAAGACCCUGGGUGGAGUGUUAACUUCAAAGUUGACAAAUACGUCUGCACGCACUAUAUGGUGGAAGGUACCACGCUGUAUAAAUACAGUGGCACGAUGCCUAAAGGCUCCACAACUCCACCUUGGUCGUGGACAUCCAUUGGGACCGUCGAUGUCGAUGUCGAUGCUUACACAUACACCUGGACGCUACCCAUUGGAACUAAUACCGCCGACACAAGCAAGUUUGUCGUGCAGACACAAGGCUACAAUCCAGCGGAGAGCUACGUGGAGCCACGCGCGGACGAUUAUGACUGCCAGGGCUCGACGAUGUGCACAACUCCGGACUUCCUGAAGUGGUGCGAUCAUGCCGUCAAUGUCCUACAUCGAGACGACUAUCCCUUUUACCAGUCGAGUGGCGGCCUGAAUGGCAACUGUUGGGGUGAUCAGACUCGAGGCUGCCAGGUCUUUGUUCAGGGUGCGGGUUGCAGCAUCAGUGGCAACGACAUGUGGAAUGCCUACCAGAAUAUCCGCAAAAUCGGCGGCUGUGGUAAAUGUGGAUCAUAUCAUAUAGGUAAUGGUUGUCUGGUCACUAUCGACUACAAGUACCAAUGCGACAACCACGGUUAA